GGAGCUCCACAUCUGGGUGUUGCUUCUGCCAUCCCCAGCCUGGCCCAGCCGGUGGGAGUGACCGCCACCCCCUACAGCUGCAUGACCUGCACAGAUUCACCUCUGAGCUGCUGCCCCCGUUCUGAAGAGAGUGACAGGGUCACUGCCCUCACAGGCAUCACGCUGUGGUGGGACACAUGACGAGGUGUCUCCUGGUUAAGCCUUGCUCCUACAAGCAGAGGAAGAUGGCAUUUUGUAAAUUCAGUCACUCAAUUCUUUCCACCAAGGACCUGAUUGAUGUCUUUGGGGUAAAUGGUUUGGCCCAGAAAAAGACAGUCCUGACAGAGGCCCCGUUGAUGACUGGACAGCCGGGCCCGGGUCAUGGGAGGAAGCUGGGCCAUCGGGGCGUGGACGCGUCUGGCGAAACCACUUACAAAAAGACCACAUCUUCCACCUUGAAGGGGGCCAUCCAGCUGGGCAUCGGCUACACCGUGGGCAACCUGAGCUCCAAGCCAGAGCGCGACGUACUUAUGCAAGACUUCUAUGUCGUGGAGAGCAUCUUCUUCCCCAGUGAAGGCAGCAACCUUACUCCUGCCCACCAUUUCCAGGACUUUAGGUUCAAGACCUACGCACCUGUCGCCUUCCGCUACUUCCGGGAGCUCUUUGGGAUCCGGCCAGAUGAUUACUUGUACUCUCUCUGCAAUGAGCCACUGAUCGAGCUGUCUAACCCUGGCGCCAGUGGCUCCCUCUUCUACGUCACCAGUGACGACGAGUUCAUCAUCAAGACGGUGAUGCACAAGGAGGCAGAGUUCCUGCAGAAGCUGCUGCCCGGCUACUACAUGAACCUCAACCAGAACCCACGGACACUCCUUCCCAAGUUCUAUGGGCUGUAUUGUGUGCAGUCUGGGGGCAAGAACAUCCGUGUGGUGGUCAUGAACAACAUCCUGCCACGCAUGGUCAAGAUGCACCUCAAGUUUGAUCUCAAGGGCUCCACAUACAAGCGGCGGGCCAGUAAGAAAGAACGGGAGAAGAGCAUCCCCACCUACAAGGACCUGGACUUCAUCCAGGACAUGCCCGAGGGGCUUCUGCUUGAUGCUGACACCUUUUCUGCCCUCGUCAAGACGCUGCAGCGGGAUUGCCUGGUGCUGGAGAGCUUCAAGAUCAUGGACUACAGCCUGCUCCUGGGCGUGCACAACAUAGACCAGCAGGAGCGUGAAUGGCAGGCUGAGGGUGCCCAUUGCAUGGCGGAUGAGAAGCGGCCGCUAGGCCAGAAGGCACUCUACUCUACAGCCAUGGAGUCCAUCCAGGGCGGGGCCGCAUGUGGGGAGGCCAUCGAGACCGAUGACACGAUGGGCGGGAUCCCUGCCGUGAAUGGCCGAGGGGAGCGUCUGCUGCUGCACAUCGGGAUCAUUGACAUCCUGCAGUCCUACAGGUUCAUCAAGAAGCUAGAACACACCUGGAAGGCUCUUGUCCACGAUGGGGACACCGUCUCUGUCCACCGGCCUAGCUUCUACGCAGAGCGCUUCUUCAAGUUCAUGAGCAACACAGUCUUUCGGAAGAACUCUUCCCUGAAGUCGUCGCCAUCCAAAAAGGGCCGUGGUGCCUUAUUGGCAGUCAAGCCCCUGGGGCCCACAGCCGCCUUCUCAGCCAGUCAGAUCCCCAGUGAGCGGGAGGAUGCUCAGUAUGAUCUUCGGGGGGCCCGCAGCUACCCUACGCUGGAGGAUGAAGGCCGGCCCGACCUUCUGCCCUGCACACCACCUUCUUUUGAGGAGGCCACCACUGCAUCCAUCGCCACGACCCUGUCCUCCACAUCCCUCUCCAUCCCAGAGCGGUCCCCCUCAGAGACCUCAGAGCAACCAAGGUACAGGCGGCGCACACAAUCCUCCGGACAGGAUGGUCGGCCCCAGGAAGAGGCAUGCGUGGAGGAGGACCUGCAGCAGAUAACAGUGCAGGUGGAGCCCACAUGCAGCGUGGAGAUAGUGGUCCCCAAGGAGGAGGAAGAGGGGGUGGAGGCUUCCCCGGCCUGUGCCUCUGCCACUGUUGUUGAAGCGGAAACUGCCAGCCAGGCCUCAGAGCCCGCCAGUCAGGCCUCGGAUGAGGAGGACACGCCCGCCACUGACAUCUACUUUCCCACUGAUGAGAGGAGCUGGGUGUACUCCCCGCUCCACUAUAGCGCACAGGCCCACUCAGCCUCCGACGGCGAGAGCGACACAUAAUUUCUAUGCAGUCACCAACCCAUAGGAGUGGAGCAUACACUUGGCCAGCCCAGCUCGGCCCAGAGCACAGGAGAUGCCACCUGGCUGCCACUGGAUCUCACUCGCCCACAUCCUCCCUUGGCGUGGUCACUGAUGCUCCGGGCUGCGAGGCAAAGGCCCUGGCUCAGUCAACUACCUACGCCUGUGAUACUGUGAACCUUCCUGAGUUUUCAAUCAUGUAUUUAUUUUGGGUCCUUACUCUUUGCACAGAGA